UCAGUACCAUCUGGUUAUAGAUAGGCACCACGCGGUCUACGACGGCUUAUGUAACAUGGUGAUCUCGCAGAUCUUCAAAACCCUGGAUAGCCUGUUGGACAGUGCUCUUGUUGACGAUAGUCAGAUUGGUGAGUUUCGUGAUCGAAGUAAGGUCAGGGCAGCAGAGGCCAAGAUUAAGGCAUCCUUAGAGAAUGACAAAAACAGGCUAAAAGAACUGCUGGAAGAGCGUCAUAAGAUAUUGACAAGAGUUCCUCUCAUCAUUGAGGCCAUUAGGGAGCCAAAAGGACCUCCUCCAGAGAUUAAUAUUUCAAAGCCAGAAAUCCUGGACCACAAACUAUUGCAGGUGUUUAGAGCAAAGUGCAAGGCGCACAAGGUCACCUUCAAUUCAGGCUUCAUCGGGGUGAUGAGGGUGGCGCUGAUGGAGCUGGUGCGCGAGGCUGGCAUUGUGCGAAACUCCUAUAAUAUCUCUACACUUCAUCCCAUCAACACUCGCCGCUACAUGAGUAACGUGACUUCCAUGGUGUGGGCCUUCCAUGGCAUGCCCAUGACUCUGGAAAUGGCCACGCCUUGGGACGCCAGGAACAACUUCUGGAAGCAUGUCGUGGACAUCGACACCAAGUUCCGUGAGCACAUCAAGAAGAUGGGUCCUGUGGAGGACUAUGUAUUGGACACCAUGCUGAAACCAAUGCUCCAGAGCGUGGAAAAAAAUACAAUAUAUGACAUGGUGUUUACCAACACAUGGUCACCAACGAUCAUAACUAUUGGUAAUGGGAAGCAUGUCCAGAUGUCUCACUUCCAUUUCUACACUUCUCUUAAAGAUCUUGAAUAUAAGCUGACAUGUGGAAUCUUUGGAUUCAAAACCUGGGUGCAGUCACAGUUGAUUUAUUCCUCGGAAUACAUCACAAAGGAGAAUGUUGUAAAGUUGUCUGAAAGGAUGACCACAGAGUUCAACGACACUGUCAAGACAAUGGAUUAGAUGGCACUUUUGUUAUUCAUGUCAAUUUGUCUAUUCCUUUACAUGGUAACUA